AGGGGAGGAAGCUGUGGAGCUGCUGAGAGCAAGGGACUGUCCAGUGCCCAGAUGCUAGGCCUCCUGGGGAGCACGACCCUCCUGGGUUUGAUCACAGGUGCCGCUGUGGCUGUCCUGCUGCUGCUGCUGGUGCUGGCUGCCUGCCUGGACCACGACCAUCAGGACCCCGACGUGGAGCGGAACCGGCCAGCUGCAAGGAGAAACCGAGUCCGGUGGGCUCAUCCCUGGCUCUUCCGGGGCCAGGGCCACCUGGGACGCUUUCAUCACCCCCAUCGUCCUGGCCAUGUGUCUCACAUGCACCAUGCGGGCCUCCACCACCACCUCCACGCCCACCACCACCAUGCCCACCACCACGCCCACCAUCACGCCCACCGGGGACACCACUGAUGGCUGUGGAUGGCAACCACCGCCCGCCCUCCCGUCGCCAGGACCAGUGGACCUUGAUGUUCCCAGGCAGGACACCUCUCUGGGGUGAAGGCUGGUACUGCUCCCUGGUCCUGCACUGACUUCAUUUGCAGACUAUACCCUGGAACUCUGGAGGUGGAGAAUGCAGGAGUGCUGGGGUGGCCCAGGGCACGGGAAGGGUGAGAGCAAGAGCUGGGUGGUGCUGUGGGGACAGACACCACCUUAGGACUAUAACUCCUGGCGCCCCGAAAGUGCCUGUCCAUCCUGUGCACCAGUGCUUGCUGGGCCUAUGAAGGGCUGUCCUGAGACUGCCUUAGGCCUCUGGCCAGGGGGCUAGCUGGGAGGGGCCCUGGGAAUGCUCUUUUGUUUGGAGAAGGCAGGAUGAAGCUGCUCGGUCAAUUCACUGGUGCUUUAAUACAGGAAAAUCUAAACCACCAAGAGAGUUUUGUGAAGAGUCUCUUGAUUGCAUUUCAAGUGGGAGGGAGGGAACCUCCAGGCCUGUGUCUGCCUGCUGGGACCUCCCUCUCUGAUGGGAUGUGAGUGCCUGGGGCAGGUGGCUUCUGCCCGGGGCUGAGGGCUGCCUGUGCAGUAGGGAAGCGGGUGGGUGCUGCAGUGCUCCAUGGACCCUAGGGCCAGGUCGGCACACCCAGCCAGCGACUGGUGCCCGGGACUUCUGGACCUUCCUGUGAGGCCUGAUGGCCACCAAGACUGUUCUGCUGGUGGAUUCUGACUCAGUGACCAUGGCCCCCUCCAGCGACCCUUUCCUGGUGUCCCCUCCUCAGAGUCUGGCAUUCCUGUCUGUCCUGCCUCCAGCCAUUGGCGUCCAGCCAUCUUACCCAGUUUGCUGUGCCUUCGAGGUCAGGCGAUCAGAGGUGGUGGGACCAGGUGGGAGUGAGCUCUGGCCUCUGAGAACUCCCUUGGACCCUUCUCCAGAAGAGUUCUUAGGAAGGCUCUGCAAAGCCACUAAACUCGACGCUGGAUUGUACCCUGGGCCGGCUCAUCUGGUCUGCACAGGGCACUAAAGUGUCCCUGGAAUCUGUUGUAAACAGGGUGUGGGUUAACUCAGGAUGCUCCAGGAUGCCUACCAAGCUACCAAACUCAUUCAAUUGCCACCAGAGGAAGCUGCGCCCUCAAGUGGACAGUUUCAUUUCGUACCUGCUUCUCCAGUUGAAUUUGCAUCUUGCUCACAGUCCAGCCAAGGCCUGUCCUGCCGCCAUUUGUCUGAAAUCAGACCUGAAAUUCUGAAACCAAAAAGCUGUUUUCUGGGAACCAGUGAUUUAUUUUAUAAUUGAAAGUGUAUAUCCUUCUAUGGGUCUCACAAGAACUGGAGUUGAAAAGCCACAAAAGGAAACAAGAAGAAAUAAGAGUCACAGGAAGUAUGAGAUGUUUUAUUAACAGGAAAGUCUUAUUUACAAGAAGACUUUUAGCAUGUUUUGAAUGAGACUUUCUUGUUUUAACAGAUCACUUCUAUUCUUAGAGUGGGUGACUUGAGUCACUUAGAAAUGAAAGAAAAAUCAUGAACGGAAAGAUUAUUCCAAAUAAGUUAAGAUAUUAUGUUACAUGGAGAUCAUGUAGCAAAACUCAUUUUCAUCACGAAUGAAGAGACGUUCAGUUUUUAUUAGCAGAAAAUUUGUUUUCUCUGUGCCCAUGAAAUAAAUGCUGCCCCACAUUUCAAGAAUGUGAUGUGGCGCAUUG